AUGCAUUGCCCGGGACGGCAGCGAGCGCAGUGGACACACGCGAAAAGUAAACUUCAGUGCGAGAAACAUCAGGAAGAACUGAAGCUGUUUUGUAAAACUGACAAGAAACUGAUCUGUUUGAUUUGUGCAACUGCGCGGGAACACAAGUCUCACAGCUUAACGCUGAUAGAAGAAGCAAUUGAAUUCUACAAGGAACAGGUGAAAUCUUCCUUCGAAUCUCUCACAGAAAAGGAAUCAGAGAUCCAGAAAAUUGAGCAGGAACAGAAAAAGAGCAUUUCUGGAGUUCAGGAAGAGUCACACAACCUUCAGUCACUGAUCACAUCCCAGUUUGCUGAACUGCACCAGAUUCUCACUGAGAAAGAGCAGCGGUUACUCGGAGAUGUCCGAGAAGAAGAGGCGAAGAUUGUAAAAACAAUGGAGAAAAAUCUUCAAGAGAUUCAAGAGAAUAUAAAUUCCAUUCAGGAGGACCUAUCAAAAUUACAGGGACAGAUAGACCACAAGGACGGUGUGAUAUUUCUGAAGGAGGAAGCUGGUCGCAAGAGGAGGGUUAUUGAUGAAACCAAACCAAUGUUGGUGGUAGAUAGCGCGUUGCCCAUUGAAAAGUAUGAUCGCACCCUUUUCUACAACAUAAUAUUGAGCGAAACAUCUGAUAUCAUCAAACGAGUCUCCGUCACCCUGGAUGUGGAAACAGCGCAUCAGUGGCUCGAGGUGUCUGAGGAUCGGAAGAGGGUGAGACGGACUGAGACCCGGAGGAGUCUCCCUGACACCGGGAAGAGGUUUACAGCCGGGGCGUGUGUGUUGGGAUCGGAGGGAUUCACAUCGGGGAGACAUUACUGGGAGGUGGAGGUGGCGGGGAGUCGGGGCUGGAGUCUGGGAGUCGCCGCAGAGUCUGUGGAGAGGAAGGGGCCGGUCACACUGACCCCCGAGAAUGGAGUCUGGAGGAUAUGGCGGUGGGAUGAGGUGUUUGAUGCAUUCACCUCCCCUCCAUCCCCUCUCCCCGCCCGUCCCAUCCCCGGGAGGGUGGGAGUUUAUCUCGGUUACGAGUCCGGGAUAGUUUCAUUUUACGACGUGGACACCAAGUCCCAUCUCCACACCUUCGCUGGGAAUAAAUUCACGGAGAAACUUUAUCCUUUCUUCAGGCCUUGGGAUGAAAAGUGGCUGAGAAUCUGGUCCGGUUCCGUUCCGGUGUAUUUUGACAACCUUCCCCGCUAUCCACAAUUUUUGAGUCCUCCACAGACUUACUAA